AUGCCCUCUCCUUCGAGGGCGGCCGUCUCCCAGUGGGAAGCGGAUCUAGAGGCUUGGCAGGAUGAUCCUACAUCCGCACCGGAUCCCUACGAGGAACCUCGACCAACUGUAACACUCAAGGCUGUUCGCUUGCAGAUAGCCGAAGAAGAGGCCAUUGAGCGGCGCAAUGGCAGCCUACCUCCGCACGAGGUAUCACCUGGGGUAUUCCUCCAAGUCGGCCUCGAUUUGGAGGAGCAACAACGAGCAUUGCAAGCAAUGAAAGCAAAGAUGUCCACCGGAGAGAACUCUCGAGCCGCUGUUCAAGAGAAGCGGAACACGCUUCAGCAUUGUAUUCUCUUAUGGCAAGCCAUGCAAGGCAUUCAUAUGCCGAUCACCGCAUUGCUCCGUAAUCUGCCUGACCUCCCCAACGGCCCCACGCUGCGAUCCUCCCCCACCUUGCCUGCCGUCUCGACCACCUCACCUUCCCUUCCUUCCCUUCCCACUCUCGCUGAAGACAUUCCACUUCUUCUCCCUUCUGCGAUCCCAUCCGAACUCCGACUCGCCCAUCUUAGUCCCAGUCUCCUCGACAAAGCGUUGAAACUGCGACUCGCACAAGCCGAUGACGCACUUGACGACAUCCGCCGCUACCGGCGCAUCAUCACCGGUGUACGAGAGUUUACGCGUCUCAACAUAAGCGGCACCGGGCAGCGCACAACGGGGAGGGCACGAUCCGUCUAUUCAGCAUUCCAGGACAAGAUCAACCACGCAGCAGAGCGAUAUCGCGCCGCGCGCCACGCACUGCUUUCCCUCGACCCUCAAGGGGAAUGGCAAACUCGCUUCAAGGACCUUCAGCGAGAAGACAUUCGAGGUCCAGGACGCCCGGACGACAACAAUCAAACGGGUGACGGCCGCUACGAGAUCUCGUGGAUCUGGCUUGUCCCACGCGUAUCCGGCGACAUCGCCGACGGAUGUCAGGACCUCGAUCCCACCGAGCUCCUCAACAACAUGAGACACGAGUGGGCAACCAGCAAGGCGCGGGCGGAUAGGUGGAGGGAGGAGGUGGAGCUGCUGGAGGAAGAGAUGGGCCGUAUCCUCGAGUUCUUCGAGUGGAAGGCGCGAUGGUGGCGUGACCAGACAGGGCGACGGGUCCCCAAGUGCCACACUCUUGCGUCGGGGCUGGCUGCAUACGCGGAGAAGCAGGCGAGCGUUUUCGAGGGUCUCGCCGUGCGCUGCGCAACACUCUGGUUGCCGCAUCUGCGAGCUCGUCCUGGUUACUCUCUUCCCACAUGGUCCACGCGUUACGCUGAGUAUGCUACCUCCGAAGUCAUCGAGGACACUACUGCGUUACUGGUGAUGGGUGAGGAGACCACGUCCGAAUCGUCGGGAGACGAGUCUGACAGUACUUAG